GAUGUUCAAUUCACAGUAAAAUGUGGAUCAUGCAUUAGAUCAAUUUUGAUAUUUAAACAUGCCUCAGCUGCCUGUGUAUAUUGCACUUUAUGUUCAGAAGAACGGCCCGAGUUGGUGCUUUCUGUGAAUAGGGUAUAAAUAGGUUCCAUUACUUCAACAAUAAAAGCACAAAUUCCAUCUGUUGAGAAAAAUGUUAGACAUUGGCAGAAUGUAGCUAGUUAUAAUUCAUUAUACCAACAGUAAAAUGAAUUAAAGUGGUCAUCAAUCACAGUCUGUGUUGAUUUAAUAAUAUAUAUAAAAUCUCCAGAAUGCUGGCAAGUCUAGUAAAUGAUCUCAUUUCAUUUUCCUUUUAGUUUACAAAUGUUCAUUGAAAGUGCCCAUUGCUUUGGUUACUCGUGUUCAGUACAAUCAUAUCUAAAUAUUAUAUAUCUGUGUUUUGGUAAAUCUUAAUUGUAAACUAGGUUGACUGAAGCAAUAGUCAAAACUUCAGCUACAAAUUUGAGAUCCCACACAGGUAUUAAUCAAAAAUAGUAAAGUACAAAAGCAAAAGAGUGAUGGUGAGAGAUUUUCCACUUCUAAUGAGGCAAAGUAUAUCUUUGUGUCUUUCUUCUUUGCUGGAUUUGCUGUUCUUGGAAGCCUCGGAAAUAAAUUGUAACCUACUGUAUACCAGAUCCAUACACAUGCAUUUGAACAUUGACUAACUACAGUGAUGUAAGUAUUUUUUUUAAUUAUUAUUAUUAUUUUAUUACAAUUUAAUUUGAGUUUUGAGGGGUCAUGUCAUGUCACUGUCACUGGAGUUAAAAUGUCCAGAUGUCCAUACUGUCCUUUCAUUUAUGUGGCAUUUAUUAGAGUGUUUGCUCAUAACCAGCUAUCUGUGAUUCAUGAUUGAUUAUAGCUCUGAUAAUGCAUCUAUCUUCUCUAGGUCUUUCAGGCUGUGUGCUCGUAUCCUGUAAAGCCUUCCAGUGGCAUGAACCAGAAAGGGCUUUAUGUGAACUUUGGCCGUGCCACACCCAGAUAUGUUCAGCACCAUAAACACACACUGCUGCCACCGAGCGGACAAACAGUCCAUGUGCCGCGUGUACAGGUUCAGGUCCUGAGUAACAGUCUGCAGACGGUACGUUUCUCAGAAGCAGCUUAUUUUUGUCAAAAUGAAGGAAAACAUAUGGAGCGCGUUGGAAGAAAUGCUAACUAAUUAUUUAAAGCUAUGAUUUAUUUAAAAAUCUAGUCUUUACAGAUUAGUUUUAAACUUUAAACCCGUUCAAAAUGUUCGCUUUUUAUACGCCUGUCCCUUUAAGAAUCAGCCUCCGGCUGUUCCCGGGCGUUCUCGCGGUUCUUCAGCGCUUGGCAACGUGCAAGCUGUGUCCUUAUAUGGACCAAUGAGAUCACCGCCAACGACCAAGCUCAGCCAAUCAGAAUCCACAGUUCGUGCGCACGUUUGAAAAUCAGCUUGCUUGCUUGCUUGACGUCUGUAUGUUUCGGAGCGCAAACAAACUCUGUAACGUUUUGUGUUUACAUUAAAAUAAUAAAAGACAGUGGAAGUCAAGCACACGAGUGACCAGAGUUGAAUGAAUUACGUCUGUAGUUACUGUGCGCGUGAUGCCGUCCAGAACUGAAGACUAUGAGGUGUUGCUCACCAUAGGAUGUGGGUCGUAUGGGAAAUGCCAGAAAAUCAAGAGGAAAUCAGAUGGAAAGAUUCUGGUUUGGAAAGUGCUGGACUAUGGCACUAUGGCCGAGGCAGAGAAACAGAUGCUGGUGUCGGAGGUCAAUUUGCUCCGUGAGCUGAAGCACCCAAAUAUCGUCCGAUACUAUGACAGAAUUAUAGACCGGACAAACACAACAUUAUACAUAGUGAUGGAGUACUGUGAGGGUGGGGAUCUCGCCAGCCUCAUCAACAGAUGCAUCAAAGACAGACGGUACCUAGAAGAACAAUUCACCCUUUGUGUAAUGGCACAGUUGUCCCUGGCCUUAAAAGAGUGCCAUGGUAGAAGUAACGGCAGCAGUACAGUUCUGCACCGUGACCUGAAACCCGCAAACAUCUUUUUGGAUGUCAAACAGAAUGUAAAGCUAGGAGAUUUCGGUUUAGCUCGGAUACUGAACCAUGAUACAAGCUUUGCUAAAACAUUUGUUGGAACUCCAUAUUACAUGUCGCCGGAACAAAUUAAUCGCAUGUCCUACAAUGAAAAAUCAGAUAUAUGGUCUUUGGGAUGUUUACUCUAUGAACUAUGUGCUUUAUCACCUCCAUUUACAGCAUACAACCAAACCGAGCUGGCCGGUAAAAUCAGAGAAGGAAAGUUUCGAAGAAUCCCAUACCGAUUCUCUGACGACUUGAACACACUUCUUUCGAAAAUGCUCAACUUAAAGGACUAUCUGAGGCCCUCGGUGGAGUCCAUUCUGCAGAACAGCUUGAUCUCGGGUUGUGUAGCCCAGGAGCAGAAGAGGCUUCAGGAGAAGCAGCGGUGCAGAUCAGCGGACGUAGAGCAGCCCAAACAUCCAGAGCCGUCGCUUCUAGCAGAUCUGCGGCUGAAGGAGCAGAUUUUACGUGAGCGUGAGCAGGCCCUCAAAGAGCGAGAGCAGAGACUACAGCAAAGGGAACAGGAGCUGUGUGUCCGAGAACAGCAAUCAAAUGAAAAGCUGGCCAGAGCUGAAAGCUUGUUGAAGGUGUAUAAUUUGAUCCGGCAGCAGAGGGCGCUGUCUCUACUCAGUGCCAGUGACACAGAGAAUGAAGAGAACAUCUCCCCAGGAAAGAAGAGGGUUCACUUUGCAGGAGACGGCAAGGAAAACGGCAGACUGAUCGCUAAACCUCAAGAACACUGUCUUGUAAAGAGGCACCAGUGGGCUAACAUGCGUAUCCAAACUCUUGAUGAAGAGGAAAAGAUGUAUUCAUCAAAGCCCAGAGAAAUGCAGGGCAUCCGCUAACCAUGAACGACAAUUUACUACUGAAAGUGGUGCAUUAGUGUGAUCAAGAGUUUUAUUUACAGUUGUUUACAUUAAAAGCAGAAAUCUUAUUUCCUAUUUAUUUGCUGCAACAUUUGUACAGUACAGUGGAACAAAACAUUUGUGGACAUUACACUGGGUUAUUUUAUCAAAGAUAAUGUGCUGUAUUCUUGUCAUUUUAUAGAUGCUUUUUUACCUGGAUUGUUUUAUUUGGAUGUGCAAUUUUGUUAUUAAAAUAAAGUGUUGAUUAAUAUUA